AGUAUUUAAAGCCCUUCUUGAUCAGCGGCGUCCAUUUCACGAUCAGUCAUCAGUCAACAAAAUGGCCGCCAAAGAUCAAAUAUCCGAUUACACCCACUUCAUGCAACUGCCAUUAAAAUUCGUUGGCUGUUGGGAAUGGUUUCCCAACACCGACAGUGAAUUUAAGAUAAUAUUAAACAAUAUCUACUUGGCUUUAGUUAUCUUUGUGCUUUUAAACUAUUCAAUAACAUUAAUCGUGAAUUUGUGCACGGAAUGGGUUGAUAUUAUGGUCAGUUUGGAUAAACUAGGUGAUGGUCUACUUUUGACAACAUCACUUUCCGUCGUCAUUUACUUUGCUUUAUACAAAGAAAAGUUGUACGACUUAGUAGAAUUUAUGAAUGAGAACUUCAAGUUCCAUUCGGCGAGAGGCUUGACGAAUAUGACGAUGGAAGGUAGUUAUACGUCAGCGAAGAAGUUCGCGUAUGCGUAUACGGCUUGUACGUUGUUUAGUGUGACGAUGUAUGUCGCUAUGCCUAUGGGUUUUCACUUGUGGACGCAUCAGCCCCUGCAGAACUGGGCGUACAUGGACGCUGAGCGGAGCCCGUACGUGCUAAUAGCGUGUCUGCGGCAGUGCCUUGCGCAGGCCUUCGUCGGCCUCGCCCUCGGACAGCUAGGAGUAUUCUUCGCCUCAAACUCCAUCCUGCUCUGUGGUCAACUAGACUUGCUCUGCUGCAGCGUGCGAAACGCACGUUACACUGGCUUACUACAGAGUGGAGUUCGACACAAGGCCCUGUCACGAAAUUCUGGAGCCUAUGCUGGGAUAGUGGACGACGAGCGACACAACUAUAUCUACAGCAAGGCAGACUUGGAAGAUUCGGCGUAUCAUUAUGAUAAGAAAGUAACCGCCCAUUUUUUGGAUCGACGGAACGAAUUUGAUAUAUACGACUCAGAGUUCGACGCCGCGACAGAGGACGCGCUGCGGGAAUGCGCGCGCGUCGGUCAAGUGGUCGCCAUGUACAAGGACAAGUUCGAAGCCUUCCUGUCGCCGUUAUUGGCUCUGAGGGCGAGUCGCGUAUCAACCGCCGCUUACCAGAGCGCGUGGCCCGCCAUGAGCGUGCCCUUGCGGCGGCUGGUGCUGCACUUGCUGCUGGCCAACAAGCGGCCGCUCAUCGUGCGCGCCGGCCGGUACCUGCCCCUGGAUCUGCGUACUUUUCUUAUUAUAAUCAAAACUUCUUUCUCCUACUACACACUGCUAGACAAAAUCAACGAUGACUAG